AUGGAUUCCAUGAGCGCUGAUCUGAUGAAGGGUUUGGAAACUAGUCUCCCUAAGUUUUUCUACUUCGAUAGAGAACACUUUGGUGCAUUGCUUGUUAGUGGCGACAUGGAUGGAGCCCAUAUUUAUCUCUCCAAGUUCACCAACAAAGAUUCGAAUUAUCAGUCAAACCUCAUGUUCUACCUUGUUCAUAGGCAGAGAUACUGCAAUUUUCUUAUCGAAGGCUACUUCCCAGGUGCAGGAUUUUGUAUAGCCGUCGGCCCAGAUGCGUUGCACAGGUUUGGAACAGCAGAAACGAAGAAGGAUUUUAUCGCUAAUGAUCUCCAACGCCUUUACUCUGUACACAGAAUGUAA